AUGUGGAAAGUUUGUAUGGUUGCUCUCUUGUGUUUCUGCAUUGAAUCAGAAACUGCCUUUGGCUUUGUACCACCACAACCUCAAUCCAUCAGCAGACUUGAUUCAUUUUCGAUUGAAGAAAAGCAUGCACCAUCACAAUCUUUCUUCUUGGCACCACGAAGGAGUAGGAUAGUAUCAGGAGGGACCCGACUGUACGCCGAAGAAGAAAAAAGGAAAAAAUCCAAGGGAGUCUACGUUCGUCCAUCCGGUGCCAUUGAAAAAGGAUCUGGCUUCUUUGUGCCUGGUUUGGAAGGCCCCAAAGUUCGAGUCGUCUUUGGGAGCGUCUUGUUGAUCUUGACCGCAAUCAAUCACAUUACCUCCCCCACUCCCUUUGGAAACCUUUCGUUUGAAGAAGUUGUUGCUAUUCUGUAUAGUCUAUUGGUGUUAUUUCAAGCGGCCAUUGAAUUUGGAAAGGAAGACUUGAUUAUUGAAGGCAGUAGUACUAGUAGCGCGUCAAAAACAACGUCGAGUACUACUAGCAAUACGGACGAAAAAUUGUUGCAAAAGUGGGCCACUUUUUCCAACAUUAAUGACGAUGAAAAAUCCAAAAUACAAUGGGCUGCAGCGUCCUACCUAUCCGUUACCCCUGCGACUCAAAUGAUGCUACUCGAAGGAUCAUCAUCAUUAGAGGACGAGGCCGAUACUACGAAUCAAAUGGUCUAUCGCUUGGGCACUACGACCACCAUGGCAAGUCCUACCGACGAAAGUACAGGAAUCCAAGCUGCUUUGAAGCAACUCGAGCAAUCCAAGGGAGGAAGAAUAAGUCUACCUUUGACACACCCCGCGGCAGUGGACUUGGGGUUGAAUGCUGCCGACGAAACGAGAUGCAUUGUGCUCCAACGCAUCACAGGCAAUUCGUGUUGGUUGGUCACCAGUGAUCAGCUACUCGCAAGUUUCACACAAUCGGACCUCAAGUGGUUGGGUCGACUGGCAGCCUACGUCGGCGGGACGACGAGCCCAUACUAG